AUGGCCAGCGAGGCCCGGGCGGGCGGGGACGCGGCGCUGCGCCGCCUCCUGAAACUGCACCGCACGGAGAUCGCCGUGGCCGUGGACAGCGCCUUCCCGCUGCUGCACGCGCUGGCCGACCACGACGUGGUCCCGGAGGACAAGUUCCAGGAGACGUUGCGCCUGAAGGAGAAGGAGGGCUGCCCCCAGGCCUUCCACGCCCUGCUGUCCUGGCUCCUGACCCAGGACGCCGCGGCCAUCCUGGACUUCUGGAAGGUUCUCUUUAAGGACUACAACCUGGAGAGAUACGCCCGGCUGCAGGCUGUCCUGGACAGCUUCCCCCGAGACCUGGACCUCAGCCAGCCGCGGAAGGGGAGGAAGCCCCCAGCCGUGCCCAAGGUCUCAGUCCUGCCGCCCAGACUGCCCGCCAAGAGGAGGGCGCUGGAGGAGCCUGGAGCCGUGGUGCCAGCAGCCCUGACCCCCAGGGCUAUCUCCAGCCCAGGUUCCCAGUCCAAGGCCAGGCCCCCCAAGAAGCCAGAGAGCCACGCAGAGCCACAGCGCCCCCUGCUGGGGAACGGAAUUCACACCAUGUCGGCCUCGGUGCAGAGAGCUGUGGCUGUGUCCGCUGGCGACGUUGAGGGGGUCCUCAUCCAGCAGGUGUUUGAGUCAGGGGGCUCCAAGAAGUGCGUCCAGGUUGGGGGUGAGUUUUACACUCCCAAGUUUGAAGACCCCGGCGGUGGGAAGAACAAGACCCGCAGUGGCAGUGGCCCGAAGCCCCCCGUCCGAGCCAAGGGAGCCGCAGCCACUGGCCCCGGCGGAGGCGAGCCGAGGGCAGGCCAGCAGGGCAGGGCCCCCGCCCCUCCGGACCUCCCCAGCGAGCCCCAGCCCCACCAGAAGAACGAGGAUGAGUGUGCCGUGUGCCGGGACGGCGGGGAGCUCAUCUGCUGUGACGGCUGCCCCCGGGCCUUCCACCUGGCCUGCCUGUGCCCCCCGCUGCGGGACGUGCCCAGCGGUACCUGGAGGUGCUCCGGCUGCCUCCAGGGCAGAGUCCAGCGGGGCCCGCCCCAGGCUGAGGAGCUGCGGCCGCAGGAGCUGCCCGCAGAGGCCCCGGUCCCCCUGGGGCUGCCGGCUGGAGAGGAAGGAAGGGGCCUGCCCAGGGAGCCCGCGGCCGGCAUGGACACUGCCCUCACCCGCACACACUUGCUGGCCCCACCAUCAGCACCUCCCCUACCCAUGAUGGACCCGGUGGCCCUGUGCCCCCUACUGAGCGGCGGCCCUGAGGGGCAGCAGGGCCCGACGCCUGGAGCGCGGUGCGGGGUGUGUGGGGACGGCGCCGGUGCGCUGCGGUGCGCGCACUGCGCCGCCGCUUUCCACUGGCGAUGCCACUUUCCGGGGAGCGCGCCGCGGCCGGGAACCCGCGCACACUGCAUGUCCUGCACCCGAGACCCCACGCCGGUUCCGGGGCCGGCGGCGCCCAACCCGAGCCCCGCCUGUCCAACUCCCGGGCCCGCCAAGGUCCCGGAUGAGUCUGUGGGCCCUGAGGCCGCCCUGCACAGGGAUGACCUGGAGUCCCUGCUGAAUGAGCACUCCUUCGACGGCAUCCUGCACUGGGCCAUCCAGAGCUUGUCCCGCCCGCUGGCUGAGGCUCCGCCCUUCCCCUCCUGACCGGGAGGGCCGUGCCCGCGGCGGUGGACUCGGCCAGCCUGCACACACGCCAGGAUGGGGACCGGGAAGUCCCCAGUGCUGUGAAAUAAAAUCCCCUGCCCCCA